AAUAAACUGUGUGGGUUACACUGGGUAUAGACAACACAAAAGCAUGGCAUGACAUGCCCAUUGUGAAUUUGUAUCUCCAAAUCUACAUAGUCACACAAACUUAUUCACUUUUGUAAAUAAUUCUUUAUAAAGAAAUGCUUUUCAAGUACCUUCUGGAUUAAAGUUCAUUUGGCACUGUGGGAGUUAAUUAUCCGGGCAGCAUGGAGAUGGCUGGGGGAUUGUUAUGGAAGAGAGGAAGGAGAUCUAAUGACAGAUGAUGCACGGGGAGCCUGGUAGGGCAGACAGCAUCUAAACACAAUGCACCUGUGCUGGCAACCUAUCCCAGGAGAGAGGGUGUGGGGAGGCUAGCAUUGGAGAGAACCUGAGACAAGGCACAAGGAUAUGGGAAGAGACAUAGAGGAUAGCAAAUUAUCUGCAAAAAUUAAGGGGACAAGAAAACGGACCCACGCUGCUGUCACCAGUUUACCAAUAUUACAGGCCCUAAAAGUAAGGGCUGAAUUGCUGUAAGGGAAAGCUUAACUACAACUGAGUCAGCAAUAGAGGGGACACAGACUACAAGUGCCAAAUUAUCCAUAAGACGCACUAAUAUAGGAUGCAGGACCCCCGAGACGGAGAAUAUGGGGCAGCCUAUUCUAACUGGUGUGUUGUUAAAGAGGGACAGUGGGUGCGUCUGAAUGUUGGUGGCAAAGUGUUCCUCACUACAAAACAGACUCUCUGCCGGGAACCCAACUCAUUCCUUUGCCGACUCUGCCAGGAAUCUCAGCUACUGUCCGAGAAGGAUGAGUCAGGAGCGUUCCUCAUUGACCGAGACCCCUCUUACUUUGGUGCUAUCCUACGCUACUUGCGCCAUGGGAAACUCAUCAUAGACAAAAAUGUUUCAAUAGAAGGAGUGCUGGAAGAGGCUGAGUUUUAUAAUAUUGCAUCAUUGAUUCAAAUUAUCCGUGAGAAAAUGGAGGCAGCAAAAGUAAGCCAGCUGCAGCAGAAGCAUGUGUACCGGGUCCUGCAGUGCCAGGAGGCAGAGCUGGCACAGAUGGUCUCCUCUAUGUCUGACAGCUGGAAGUUCGAGCAGCUGGUGAAUGUGGGGUCUCCUUACUGUUACAGUACAGAGGGACAAGCUGAGUUCCUGUGUGUGGUGUCUAGAGAGCUCCAAACUCAGCCCAAAUCCUGUGAUGGAAGAACAAUGUGCAAUGAACAUGUACCGAGCUGUGAUACAGAAGAAGAGGCUGAGCCAGUGCUGCGCCCAGAAUCUGUUCUCUUCCAGGAGGAUGAAAGAGAGGGGAACAGUAGAGAAUAACUUCUGUGAGUGCCAGUCCAAGACUGAUCCACCACUUUCUGUUCAAUACACAUCACCAUGCUCCUACCUGUAUAUACCUCAUAUGUUUAUUGGUAAUUUACCAACAUACUUACUGUUAGUAUUUAUUAUCUUUCCUUUCCUAGUAUUUCACCUGUACAGUCCUCCAGCUCUUCCCUUUCUGCCAUUCACUCUCAGUCUUUUACUCUCCCUCUCUGCCAUUUCAUUUCCAUCAGCUUGUGUUUUACUCAUGGAAUAGGAUCUCUCGGGAACCAAUGUUGCGAAUAAAAAACAUGAAAACACA